GAGCGCUGCGGCCGGAGCCUAUUGUUAGCCGGAGCCGGGGCGGUUCUGGGCGUCUGCUACCGGGGGCGCCUGAGUUUGCUGGAGCCGCCCGCCCUCCGCCGCCUGCCGGCCGACCUGCCCACCCGCCCUCCCUCCCAGCCCUGCCGCCCUGGGAACUCCCCGACCGUCGCCGCGGGCCCGGGACUCGCUAUCUCCUCUCUUCUUCCCACCCGGGCUAGGGCGGCGGCGGCGGCAGCGGGGGCGGCAGAGACCAUCACGGGAGGAGGCAGCUGCGGCGGGGCCGGGGAUGAUGACAGACCGGCCGAGCCCUAUUUUAUGGAGCUAUAUGAGAUCGGAAAAGCUUCUGGGUUUCGAAGGCAGUGCAGAUUCUAAUCUUCAGUCCGUUCUUUACAACCACAUUUGAUCUUUGUAGGAGGCCGGUGAGAAUCUUCACCCUUGUGAAGAUCUAGAAUCCUAAUGCGCCCGGCUAACUGGUGGUGAGCAGGGGCUUUGGGGCCAACGCCGUGGGCUCCCCAAGGAAACCCCUUUGAAACCAAUGGAUGCAUUCACGGGCUCGGGUCUCAAGAGGAAGUUUGAUGAUGUGGAUGUGGGCUCAUCAGUUUCCAACUCCGAUGAUGAGAUCUCCAGCAGUGACAGUGCUGACAGCUGUGACAGUCUCAAUCCUCCUACAACUGCCAGCUUCACGCCCACAUCCAUCCUCAAGCGGCAGAAGCAGCUGCGGAGGAAGAAUGUGCGCUUUGACCAGGUGACCGUUUACUACUUUGCCCGACGCCAAGGCUUCACGAGUGUGCCCAGCCAGGGUGGGAGCUCUCUGGGCAUGGCCCAGCGCCAUAACUCCGUGCGCAGCUACACGCUCUGUGAGUUUGCUCAGGAGCAGGAGGUGAACCAUCGGGAGAUUCUUCGUGAACACCUGAAGGAGGAGAAGCUCCAUGCCAAGAAGAUGAAGCUGACCAAGAAUGGGACGGUGGAGUCGGUGGAGGCCGACGGCCUGACCCUGGAUGAUGUUUCAGAUGAAGAUAUUGACGUGGAAAACGUGGAGGUGGAUGAUUACUUCUUCCUGCAGCCCCUGCCCACCAAGCGGCGCCGAGCCUUGCUGAGGGCUUCGGGGGUCCACCGCAUCGAUGCCGAAGAGAAACAGGAGCUUAGAGCCAUCCGCCUGUCACGGGAAGAGUGUGGUUGCGACUGUCGCCUGUACUGUGACCCAGAAGCCUGUGCCUGUAGUCAGGCUGGGAUUAAAUGCCAGGUGGAUCGCAUGUCCUUUCCGUGCGGUUGUUCCCGGGAUGGCUGCGGGAACAUGGCGGGGCGCAUUGAAUUUAAUCCGAUCCGGGUCCGGACUCAUUACCUCCACACCAUCAUGAAGCUGGAGCUGGAGAGCAAGCGGCAGGUGAGCCGCCCGCCAGCCCCGGACGAGGAGCCCUCGCCCGCCGCCGGUUGCAGCCUGACGGGAGCCCAGGGCUCCGAGACACAGGACUUCCAGGAGUUCAUUGCUGAGAACGAGACGGCGGUCAUGCACCUGCAGAGUGCAGAGGAACUGGAGCGGCUCAAGGCAGAGGAAGACUCCAGCGGCUCUAGCGCCAGCCUGGACUCCAGCAUCGAGAGCCUGGGCGUGUGCAUCCUGGAGGAGCCGCUGGCCGUGCCCGAAGAGCUGUGCCCGGGCCUCACAGCCCCCAUCCUCAUCCAGGCUCAGCUGCCCCCGGGCUCCUCCGUCCUGUGUUUCGCCGAGAACUCAGACCACCCGGCCGCCUCGGCAGUGAACAGCCCGUCCUACUUGAACGGUGGGCCCCUGGUCUACUAUCAGGUGGAGCAGAGGCCAGUCCUGGGGGUGAAAGGAGAGCCUAGCGCAGAAGAAGUCCCGCCUUCUUUCCCCAAGGAGAAGGAUCUGAACGUCUUCUCUCUCCCGGUUACCUCACUGGUGGCUUGUAGCCCCACAGACCCAGCUGCCCUGUGUAAGUCAGAAGUGGGGAAAGCGUCCACCCUAGAGGCGCUAGUGCCCGAAGGCUGUAACCCUGACGAGCCUGAGAGCGAAGACUUCCGCCCCUCUUGGUCCCCCUCGAGCCUCCCCUUCCGCACGGACCAUGAAGAGGGCCGUGCGGUGGAGAAAACCUCACAGCAGAGUGAGGACAGGCCCCCCGAAGAUUCUUCCCUAGAACUCCCUCUGGCAGUGUGAGCCGGGGAUGGAGAUUCUGCCUCUGACCCAUUCUCUAUUUAUUCCCUUAUUUUAUCUAACACCGUUUCAAAACAAAACUGUAGAAGCAGCUGCUACGCCCAUGUUAUUUUAUUGGGGUCUUGGGGGGAUGGGUGGGAAAGAAUCGUUUGUACGAGUAUUUUUUAAAGGGUAAACAGAACCAAGGAGACCGGUCCCAGCUGGAUGUGGGGAGAGUCUUGGGGCAGAGGAGGCCGCACAGUGCUGAAUACUGAGCUUUCUGGGCCGUUGGAACAAAGAACGAGGAUCUCACAGGAGAAGCUGGGUAAUUCGAGCAGCUAUUCUUUAUGUAGGGACCAGAACGCAAUAAUUUGAACAGCGUGGCAAAGCUCCCUUCUUUCCUGAGCUCCAGGUGGGGAAGAAGCUCAAGUUUUCUCAUCGGUCACCCCGAUACCCCACUUUGGUGCAUAACGCAGUUGGAGUACCAUCUGGCCAGAUCUAGAGAGGAACGGGUAGAAGGGUCUCUGCUUCUGUAGAAAACCUCCAGAAUUUAGAAAAACUUAACCUGCCUUCCCUGGCCCCCUGUUUGGUAAAUAAGUUAAUAUUUGACACGUUUGAUGUCCUCCGACCUGUUCCCCACACUGGGGAUUCCUGGUCUGUAACUUGAAUUCUUUCUUUCACAUGUUCUUAGGUACUAGAGUUAAACUUGCCUAUUUGUCUCCCCCACCCCCUUUCUUUUUCCCUUGAAGAGAAAGCUAGAUUGGCUGGGGAUGUGGCCUAAAGAGCCUGAGGCUUGUGCCUGUGUAAUGCCGGCUCCGUCAGGCAGCUUCAGGCCGGGGCUCACACGUCCCACAGGAGGCAUAUAUGGAGCAUUGCCUGUGUCCGAAAGAGGCAGCAGGAAAAGGCUGCUGUCUGCAAAGAAGUGGACUGGAUCUGUGCCAUGCUUGCUUUUUCACCCAGGUUCCCCCCGCCCCGCUCUGGGAGGUUUGAGCUUUAAAGGAAUGCAGGACGUGGCAAUCUAAAGUCACCAACUAGUUUUUGUCCUUUUCUUUCCGUACUACCCUUGUGGUCCUUGGAUAUACAGGGUUAAGAGAGUUUUGCUAUUCCAGUCCCCCCGCCCUGACAACUGCAAAUGUUUAUUGGAUCCCUCCAACUUGAUACAUAAAAAUUGGAAGCCAAACGAAUUCUUAAUUGCUACACACAGCUCCCAGGUUCCAAAGAGUUCAAGUUCUGUUACUUUUGAGAUCUAUAGAGUGGGACUCCAAUUCGGGUCUUACCUCCAUGGGGGGACACGGUUCCCGUUCUUCUUAGGUCCAGCUCAUGUUCUAGGAUGCGCUCUGCUAAACACCGCUGAAUUCUUAUUCGUUCUCUUUGCGUCCAUUUUAAAAUGGAGUCAGUAGGGAGCAAAAAACACUCUCCACUAGCAUCCUUUACAUCACACUUCACUUCUGGUAUGGUUUAUUGACCAAGAAAGAACAAGUGGAAAACUGUUUGCUUUUGGUGGGGAGAGAACUCUUCCUACUUACCUUGCUCACAUAGCCUUUUCUUGUGGGACGUGAACGCACUCUUUAUGUAUGUCACAGCAACAUUUCACCUAGAAAAUCUCUAAACUGAGCCUGUGAGGCCUUGUACUUAAACGGAUACGUCUUUUAACCCAGUCUGCCUCUCCAGUUCAUUCCUGGUUUUGCUUGGUUUUACAUUUGGAGGGGAGUUCUUCAGUACAAGACCUUGUGCCUCCCCAUCCUCUAGCCUCACAAGAGAGUCUUAAGCACCCGAGAUGUAGACACUAUCCCAAGCCAAGCCACACUCCCCCAUGAUCGGCCACCCCCUUGAAUAGAAGGCUGAAGCUUAAACUGCAAACUUUCUUCCUGAAAGCUUAUAUUGGGAGGGGAGCGUGGGCUCUAAACAUUCCCUCCUUAGGAAGGCUCCAGCCUCACCUUUGGAAGUGGAUUCCACCUGCUUGGUAAGAGACACUUUAGCCUUUGGGGUCAAGCCAAGAAUUGGAAUCUCAUUAUUAAACUCAUUGCCAGCCCCCAAGAGAUUUGAUUUUUCUGAAAAACUAGUUUCUUAAUCCAAGUCCGUCCCUCCAGGAACAACACUUCUGACUCCCGCCGAUCCCAAGUUUUUAAAUGCUGAAAUAUUAACACUGAGCAUUAACUGUCUUGUUAAGCAAAGGGCCUUUUCUACAACCUAGUCCAUCUCGUUUCUGGUGCUACCUGAGCUGGAUACAGUUCUCGCUCAUGGUUGCUAGAAAAGCUAAGCCUAGGCCUCUGAUCACAGGACCGUACGGCUUCAGUCCCACUCAGUCUAGGCCUAGAUAAAAGAAAUCUCUUAUUACUGCAACUCUUAAGAUUUUCCAGUUUCCUUUCUCAUAUACUGUACACAGGUAGUAUUUUCAAUGUGAAUCCAAAGCUUGUCUGUUUCUCUGAAAACAAUUUUUUUUUUUUUUUUUUUUUUUUUUUGCCUUUUAGGUCCUUUACAUUGUGAUAAUGCUGUAUUUAAAGAGAAUAUUUAAAUGUAAUAUUAAAGAAAUAUUCAAAAGAAUGGUGUGUUAUUCUUUAUCUUGGCAGGCCACAACUUAGUUACUUGUUAGACACAGGGUGCUUCUCCAGCGUUGUAUAUAAAACCAAUUAGGUCAGUUAGAUAUUAAUGUUAACAACAGAAAUGUUUUACGAUGGAAAAACAGAACAUUCUCUUUGGAGCAUCAAGAACUUGACAUGCAUUGUGUGCCCUUAUGCACCCAAGCUGGAGCACGCUUGAUGCUCCCCUGUUGAAGCUUUUCCCUGUCUAUAGUCCGUAUCCUGGGGGCUCAUCUGCUAAUCCCAUUUUCUUUACAAUCAUAUGUAUAUAAUCUUUACAGAUUAUGUAUCUAUAAUAUAUAUAAAAUUCUCUGUUCCUGGUUAUUGUGUUAAAAUUGAGCAGAGGAUCAGUGUCAAAUCUGUUCCCUCAGAACUUCCAUCCCAUCAGAAGCUUCUAUCCCAACCGACUACGUCUCCAUUAGUUAGGUUAUGUCCGUCUUGUCAAAGGAGUUUUAGCAAAAUCAUCCGAGUAUGCAGAAGUCACUUCCAGCAACUGGUUUCAGGCAGUCUUUACUUGGCUUUAAAACAGUGCUUCAUGCAUUUAACAAUAAGUUAUUACACGUCACUAGCGUACAGGGACAAAAGCUAAACCCAACGUACUCUCGACGCAGACCGCUCCCGGGCUCCCAAGCAGGGUGGUCGUUAGUGCCUUGGAGGCUUAAUCCAGGGCCCAAAGGCGGCCACUGGCAGUUACAGCCGGACUGCCGCAACUCAGCGGAGGUAGCAGAGUUUAAGAUCUGUGGAGGCUGCACCACAGCCCAGAAAUUAAGACAAGGGUGGGGUGAAGGCUAUAAACACGGAAAGGGUCAAGUGGCACUUGUAUUUCCUUGCAUCGUUGCCAUCAGAAUGUUCCCAUAUAUGAAUAACUAUUUGCUUUAAAAAAAAAAAAAAAAGUGUUU